UCGCGCUCCUCUUGUAUUAAACCAGAUCCAGGACUCAUGUCCAGCAAUCCAGACUGGGGUUAAGGAUUCACCUGAAGAAGGACACGCACGCGGUCAGCUGAAGAAACUCUCUUCGUCUCUUGUUUUCCUCCAUGUGAAGGAAAAGGCUGAGCGAUGAACGAGAGCGCAGCGCUCAAUGAGAGUGGCGUGGGUUCGCCACAGUCCUCGUGGCUGGAAGCCGAAGCCUUUGAUGCCAACCAGACCCUGGCGCUCUCAUCAGCGGCCCUCGAGUACCACGUCAACCCGUGGGACAUCAUGCUGUGCCUUUCUGGGACGGUGAUCGCCUGUGAGAAUGCUAUUGUGGUGGCCAUCAUCUUCUACACACCGACGCUUCGCAACCCUAUGUUCAUCCUGAUUGGCAGCCUGGCCACCGCUGACCUGUUAGCCGGCAUGGGAUUAAUCCUGAACUUCGCUUUCCAGUAUCUGGUCUCAUCUGAGACCAUCAGCCUCAUUACAGUCGGAUUCCUGGUGGCGUCCUUCACAGCGUCCAUCAGUAGCUUGUUAGCUAUUACGGUCGACCGCUACCUGUCACUCUACAACGCCUUGACGUACUUCUCCGAGAAGACGCUGCAUUAUGUGCAUCUGAUGCUGGUGGGAACAUGGGGUGCGUCGCUGGGAUUGGGACUGCUGCCCAUUUUGGGCUGGAACUGUUUGGAUGAUGCAUCCACCUGCAGCAUCGUGCGUCCGCUCAACCGCACCAACCUCACCGUCCUCGCCACGUCGUUUUUCGUCAUCUUCGCCCUCAUGCUCAGCCUGUACUUCAAGAUCUGUAAGAUAGUGUGUCACCACGCGCAUCAGAUCGCUCUGCAGCAGCACUUCUUCACCACCUCGCACUACAUGGCCACCAAGAAGGGCGUCUCCACGCUCGCCAUCAUCUUGGGCACGUUCGGCGCCAGCUGGCUGCCUUUCGCCAUUUACUGUCUGGUCGGGGAGCGCGAGUAUCCGUCGGUGUACACUUACGCCACGCUGCUCCCCGCCACCUACAACUCCAUGAUCAACCCCAUCAUCUACGCCUACCGCAACACUGAGAUCCAGCGCUCCAUCUACAUGCUCUUCUGCGGCUGCUUUCAGACCAAGGGCUCGUACCGAUCCAGAUCACCCAGCGAGGUUUAGAUCCUCUGUGCUUUUUGUAAACCCCUAUAAAGCCUGAGAUAUGCAACAAUAGUCUAGUUUUUGGAAAUGGAACAGUUUGUUGGACAAUAGUGUUUUUUGGUCACGGGUUCAAAUCCCGGACGAGCCCCCAAUUGGUAAAGAUGUGGCUAUAAAUAAUGGCUCAUAUAGUGAGAAUGUACGGGGAAAAUAAAAAUUUCUUAGGUGUAAUGUAAACAAUUGAGAUCUUUAUAACUGUACAACAGACAACUAUCAUAAAGUUAUAUGAAUAUCAGUGA